GAAACGUAGACAACAUCAGAAGUGAAUGAGAAAUCAGUCACUCUUGUGUGUAGUUUCAUACGAGGCUCUAUUCAAAAUUCAGUCACAUAGAAACGUUAGACACGGGAAGAGUUCUAGAAACUAGCAAAUACUUUACACCAAAAUAUAUCAACGCAGAAAAAUAUAACGCAAGAUGAAGCCUUCCCCCUUGAUGGCACGCAUUCGUCAGAUUUGGAUAAUGGCCGGAUGGUUGCGCCACGAGGCAGCGGCCGCCGCUGGCAUGAUGGUGGUGCGUCGCCGGGAGGGACCAUCGACGGAGGACAAUGAACCCGAGGCAGAGGCUGCCUCCCAGGCGAUGGUGGGCCAAGUGGGCGUCGAUACCGAGGGAAAGCUGCGCACAGUGCGCAUUCUGGACGAUUACAUAGUGCCCUUUGAGUGCGGCUUCUGAUCUGAUAUCUCCCGCGAUCAGUAGCACCCGGUAACUGAGAUCAAAUAUAAGUGUUAUAAUUGAAUGAAAAUGUUUCGGAAAUUAAUUGUUAUUAAAAGGCAGGUUUAAAAUGAAAAAA